CUACAUUCAUAUCAAAUCAAACCACGGUCUCAUUAAUUUUAAUGGCUUCUCCUUCGACCUCUACAAGCAUGGGUCCUUCCGACCGAAAUCGUGCCAGGUUUAAAGUUUUCUUAAGCUUUAGAGGUGAAGAUACUCGUCAUUCUUUUACCGAUCAUCUCUAUGCAGCAUUAACACGAACAGCAAUCCAUACGUUUAGGGAUGAUGAUGAAAUCAAAACGGGUCAGUAUUUGGAGCCCAAAAUUGUUGAAGCAAUAGAAAGUUCAAGAGCCUCUAUCGUUGUAUUGUCAGAAACUUAUGCCAAAUCUAGAUGGUGCCUUGAGGAGCUUUCCUUGAUCCUCGAACAAAAGAGGAAGGGCAAUCAUUUCGUGUUGCCAGUCUUUUAUAAGGUUGAUCCCUCACAUGUGAGGCACCAGCGACACAGUUUUGCUAUUGAAGAGACAAAGUGGACAGAAGUCGAUGUAAAUAGGUGGAAGUCAGCCCUAACGGAGGUUGCUAAUUUGAAAGGAAUGGUUGCUUCGGGGUCCGAAACGAAAUUCAUUGCAAAUAUUGUUGAUACCAUUAGCUAUGAAUUAGAUAUGAAACUUAUUAGUACUCUAGCCAAUCUAACUGGAGUGGAGACUCGAGCUAAACAUAUCAAUUCGUGGUUGAAAGAUGAGCACUCCAAAACCAAUGUUCUAGCAAUUUGUGGAAUGGGAGGUAGUGGCAAGACUACAUUGGCCCGAUAUAUAUACAACUUGCACAAGCACGACUUUGAAAGCAGCUCUUUUCUAGAAGAGAUUGGAAAUCGCUGCCAAGAAAAUUGUGGAAUGCUUGGGCUACAGAGACAAUUCCUAACUGACAUAUUAGGAGGUCAGAAUACAAUGAUAUCUUGUGUUCCUGAAGGUACUACUAAGAUAAAGGAGGCCUUGCAUAUGAAGAAAAUGCUUAUAGUUCUUGAUGACAUAGAUGAUCAUGACAGAUUAGGUGCUCUACUAGGAACAAGUGUCGUCCAAACACAAAGCAAGAUUAUUAUUACAACUAGGCUUCUAGAUAUACGUUCAUGGUUUGAGUCCAUAUCAUGGAGGUGUCUUGUACACCAACUAAAAUUGUUAGAUGAUCAUGAAUCAUUAAAGUUGUUAAGCUGGCAUGCAUUUGGAUCCAAACUUCCCUUGGAAGGUUUUAGCGGCCUUGCAGUAGAGUUGGCAAAUGUUGGCCCGAACUUGGAUCUUGAUCUCUAAUGAACGUGAUAACAAACUUGAAUAAUAAACAAUAAUCGAACUUGUAUAUAACCGAAAUGUAUGAAUGUGAGUAUAUACAAAUCGAAUAACUAGAAUCGAAUUGACAAAUGAAACAAAUUUCAGCCCUAUUUAUAGACUUGAAUGGAUGCGAAUGAAAGGACACGUCUCUUCGUGAAUAGUCGCGUCUUUUGGAUCUUGUGGAUGAGAUUGCUUGUGAAGAGUUGUGUCGAUUUAUAU